CGUCCCAUUAUUCCGCCAACUUCUACGACGCAAGGCUGAACGAGAAUGCUUAUGUGCUACCCGACGCAGUAGGCGCCAAAUGAUCGCCUUCUGCACGGUGCAAAGCGCAGUAAAUGAAGCAUGUCCCUUCCCAAACCUGACUGCUCCUUUGUCAUUCCUAGCAUUCACGACGACUUGGAACUCGAUAGUCGCAUAUACUACCCAAGACGAUCUGAGCGGAACCACGAAUUAUUUGGCCGGAGCUUCGCUAUCUUCGCACACCCCUAUGCGCCGCUUGGCGGUUGCUAUGACGAUCCACUCGUGGGGAUAGUUGGCAGCGUGCUACUACGACAGGGCUUUGUACUCGUCACUUUCAACUUCAGGGGGGCAUCUGGCUCGGCGGGGCGAACAACGUGGUCUGGGAAGGCGGAACUAGCUGACUACGUCUCUGUAUAUGGCUUCGUGUUGUGCUGCAUCGAUGCAGUCUUCCGUAAUGUCUCGCGUGUAGAGACAGAUGUCUCGGGAACAGAUACAGAUGUUCCGCGUCUAUGUGCAUCUGACUCGAGGUCGGAAGCAGCUGUUCCGGAUACAUGCAGAAACACUCAAUCGCCUAUCCUCAUCCUGGGAGGAUACUCGUACGGUUCGAUGAUUGCGGCUCAUCUGCCUUCCCUGGGCACAAUGACGGGAUUGUUCAAGGAAGCAAAGCCGGGGUCGGCGGAGUGCGAGAUCAGGGCACGUGCGAGGGACUUGGGCAAAGAUAUCAAGGCCUACUUUGCGAUGUCUUCAUCUGUUAUGACUCAGACUGUGCCGGAGGGAAAAGAACCGGAUCAGACUACUCGUGAUAAGGACACGAGGUUGAAGAGCCCGAACCAUAGCCGGAGUGAGAGUCGGAUCGUGACCAUGGGAGGGUACGAGUCAGAUGCAGCCGGCCACCGGAGCAGCCGAGAAAGGCCGAGGAGAAGCGGCGACGGGGAUCGAGCGAAAGAGGGUAUCGAGAGGAUUCGUCGAAAGGUCAGCCACAGAGAGCAUCGCGUACAGCACCUUCCUACUACUCCCUCCACACCCAUGGGAAAGCCUCAGGCCGUGUCGGUGGACUUGGCGCCGAUACUACCAUCGAUUGCAUACCUGCUGGUGUCGCCGCUCUUAUCCACAGUUGCUGGCUUCACUACAAUGUUCUCGAAGUUGAAAUUUACCCCCAGGAUGGGCGGUACUGGUCCAGCUCCAGCAGAAGAGUUCCAUGAACUUACGACGCAUCCUUGCCAUUGUCUAUACGGCAGUAAGGACGUUUUCACUUCGGAUCGGAAGUUGCGAAGAUGGACGGAGGAAUUGUCAGCUCAACCCGGGUCACAAUUCGUUGCGAACAGGGCUGAGACAGGACAUUUCUGGCAAGAACCCGAAGCCGUAGUCCAACUUCGGCAUGGCAUCGCGGAGUGGGUUAAGGGAUUGGCAUUACGGAGUGAUAAGGAGGGAACUGUGAAUAUAGACGAGGCAGGCUUCGCGCCGACUAUGCAGAGCGCAGCGUCAUUAGGACCAAGGUAAUGGACAUAAAGUCCCUCAAGGUACGCGAAAGCUGUAGCUCCAGGGAAACCCGCCAUCUGAAGGAGGCAUAGACACAUCAGUCGACUGUCACAGAAGUGGCUUCGGGGC